UCGACUUUUUCCACCUCGACUGUCAACAUCACGCCAAUGGCCACCUCGGCCAACGCCCUGUACGUACUUCGGCUCGUUCUGGGCGGGGUACGACGGCGUCCCUUCGUACCCGCCAGUACUCGCGCGUUCUCCGACUCCUCAUACGCACCAAGUUACGCCAACCCGCCAUCCUUUCUCGAGGCCGAUGAAGGCGAGUACGCCGAGGCAGCUGAGUUCUUGCCCGACCGUGAAGCAACCGACGUCUCACCGGUUCCUUGGCCGACGGUAUUUGAACACGGCCAGAGGCGGCCUCACCGCCCUCAGCCGUGCGACAUCGUUGCGCGCCUAGUCGCUAGCGAGAAGCUAAAGGCGGCCCGCAAGGUCGUCGAAGAGUUAAAGGCCCUCCACACCCCGGUGCAACAUCGCAAGGUCUACCGGGAGCCCGCGCUCGCGUCUCUGCAACCCACUGAAGAGGGACGGCGCAACUUCAUGUUCUGGAUGGAGUUGUUUCCGGCGCGCGGCGCGACGCCGAACUACCGUAACCUCCGACGCGAGUGGGAGUGGGUGGCACAUCGCAUUCUAGCCGAAAAUAUCGAUGACCCGGCAUUUCUCAUUGAGGUAUUAGAGCUGGCCGGGCGCAAGGGUCUGCUAAACGUCAUCUUUCCAGUCUUCGUUGUGCCGCUCGCGGCGAUUCUCCCGCCUCAUGAGAGUGAGGCCGUGGUCGCUCGGGCGAUUGCGGCUUACCGUGCCACUUGUCGCCCCAAGUCCGCCUCGAAGCUGGGGCGCGGCCUCGCUUCUCUCACCGACGUCCAGGUGGAGCUAUGGUGGAACAAGUAUCUCCGCGCACUCGCCAUCGUUGAGCAUAGCGAGGCAGCGCUGGCGCUCCUGCAUUCUCCACCGCCCGGCGUGCGCUUUCAAGCGUGGGCGCGUUCAAUGGUACUUGGCGAGGACAUGAGCAAGAAGCGACGUGCAGACGUCGCCAAGGCAAAACAAGCAUCUCGACGUGAUAGCCCGCUGUUACAGCUCAUCGACAGCCCACCACCUGAUGGCGACCGGCGCAUCCUGGCGAAGUAUCUCCAGCGCGUGCUUGAUCGGACGCAACACGACCUUCCGCACGUUGGUAUGCUGGCCGAUACGCAGCGCUUGCUUCUCAUGUACCGCCCAGAGCUACUCCCUACUCUCGAACGCUGGUUCACCGAGCCUGCCAGGGAGAGUCUCGUCAGCGACAGCACCACUGUACGCCAACAGUGGUGGGCGCAUGCUGAAGUGCUUCGUCACGGGCGUGCAGGAGACCACGCCGAGGCGGUGCGUGCCUUCCGUCGCCACUUCCUGUGGGUUGGUCUUCCGCCUACUACCGUGGGUGCUGCGGAGCUGGGCUUGCGGCCUCGUCGCAUCCCUAACAAGCGUAUCAUCUGCUCCGUUCUACCAUCGAUUCUGGCGCUCCUCAGCCCAGCUGAGCGCGAGGCGUACCGCAAGGCGUUUUACGCGUCGUCGCGAUCGCUUGCCCCGAUCUUCUGGCCCAAUCGCUUCACACAUCUCGCUUUCGUGCGCGCCGAGGCGCAUGCGGGCGGGCCAUCUGCUGCCACGGAGGUGGUGCAGAAUAUCGUGGCGGUGGGACAGAACCCUGGAUUGCCGGCGUGGACUGCGCUUCUUCUGAGCCUCAUGGGGCGGGGAGACGUCGAGGCGGCCCUCCGCCUGCUAGACUCGAUGGAGCGCCGCGCGCCGCUCACCGAAAAACGCCGCAUGCCGCCUCCGACUGGUCGGACAUACGCAGGCCUCGUGCGGAUCGCGGCCAAGCACGGCCGGAUUAGUGUCGCCGCGGAUCUGCUGCGUCGGUAUCGAAAGCAUGGGGAGGUGGGCGGCGAGCUUGGCAGCUUAGAAGCAUUCUUCGCCGACGUCAAACGCCGUGGCAGGACACCUGAGGAGAUAGCGGAGGCCGAGCGCAGCCAGGCAGCCGUCAAACGAGAGCUUGACCGGCUGGAUGGCGACGACCUCAAGCCCCGAAUCCGGAUGCUGUUUGAGCGACAACGGCACAUGGAGAGCGGCGAGAAGCAAGACACAGAGGCAGGAAAGGGAGUCGACGUCGAUGAGGGAAGAGCUGGAGGUCGCGAGAGGGGGCAGCGGGACACAGGACCGGAGCAGAACGCCGCAGGAGAGCAUGGAGAUGAGAAGAAGAGCGCAUUCGCAUAGCCAUUCAUAUCAUUACUGCAUCGAUACAUGUGACGCAUUUUGCCAGAUCAUAUGUCAUUCACUGU